UGGGUGACGAAAAACCAGGCAGCGAUGGUCCUCCUCCGAUUCUACCUUGCGCUCGCGACGUGGGCGACGGCCGCCGUCCUUGGCCAGCACCCCGAGUUCCACGCAGCGUGCGCUAGCAACAAGGUCGAAGUCGUCGCCGGGCUUCUUAAGACGAACCCUGAAGUUCUCAACGAAGUCGGGCCCGAGGGCGGGCAGACGUGCCUCAUGCGCGCGUGCCUCUUUGGCUCGGUCGAUGUCGUCAAGCUUCUCUUGACGUACCCGGGCAUUGAUAUCAUGAAGGGCGAGAAGGAUGGGUACACGCCGAUGCACGGCGCCGCGUACCAAGGCCGCCCGGCGGUCGCCAAGCUGCUCUUGGAGCACGGCUUGAGCCCGACCGAGCUGCACAAGGACGGCUUUGCGCCGUUCCAUCGCGCGGCGUGGGGCGGCCAGCGCCGCCACACCGAGACGGUCCGCGUCUUCCUCGAGGCAGGUGUGCCACGCGACUUGAAGACAGCGGACGGGCUCACGGCGGUCGAGAUCACAGAAAAUUACUACACGCGCCGCAUGCUCCAGAACCUCCAGCCGAUCGACGAGCUCUAG